UAUUUUCUACUUAAAUCUAUUUUAAACGCUGGCAAAUCUAAUACACGGUAACAAUAAAGUUACACUCACCAAAUCUCUGUAUUUACAUGACGACAAACUAUGAUUCACAGGAAAUCAAAUCCUCGAUAACGCCAACUGAAGUGGUAGUUCACUGAUUAAAACCCGUCUUUGAUCAUCGAUUGUCGCACGAGCAUUGAGAUACUUUUACUUUUGGUAAUAAACCAUUAAUGAAGAUCACAAUUACAUAAUUCAGCUUUCAAUAUUUGCGCAAAUAUGUUAACGAAGUUCCCUGACAACUCCCCGUCGUGUUGACUGGUGUCAGCUCUUUCCAAGCAGGAACCAGCCUCAGUUGUUUUCCUACCCCCUGCCCAACAGCAGACUCCAGAGGAAUGGUAGCCGGUUAGCUCUUCGGGCAUCAGCUGUUGGAUUAACUUGUUAACGUUAUCUGACUUUGGGUUGUUCCGUUAAAAUAAUGAAUUUACUACCAUCUAAUCCUCACGGGAAUGGGCUCCUUUAUGCUGGAUUUAACCAGGAUCAUGGAUGCUUUGCCUGUGGAAUGGAGAAUGGAUUUCGUGUGUACAACACAGAUCCUCUUAAGGAGAAGGAGAAACAAGAGUUCCUGGAGGGCGGGGUCGGCCAUGUGGAGAUGCUGUUUAGGUGUAACUAUUUAGCACUAGUGGGAGGAGGAAAGAAGCCAAAGUACCCAACUAACAAAGUGAUGAUCUGGGAUGACCUGAAGAAGAAGACAGUUAUUGAGAUUGAGUUCUCAACAGAAGUCAAAGCAGUGAAGCUUCGGCGUGACAGGAUUGUGGUGGUCCUGGACUCAAUGAUCAAAGUAUUCACCUUUACCCACAACCCCCAUCAGCUGCAUGUGUUUGAGACCUGCUAUAACCCCAAAGGUCUGUGUGUGCUGUGUCCCAACAGCAACAACUCCCUGCUGGCGUUCCCUGGGACUCACUCGGGCCAUGUGCAGAUAGUGGACCUGGCCAACACAGAGAAGCCCCCAGUUGAUAUCCCUGCCCAUGAGGGCGCUCUGUGCUGCAUCGCUCUCAAUCUGCAGGGCACAAGAAUAGCUACAGCGUCUGAGAAAGGGACUCUUAUUAGAAUUUUCGACACAUCUGCUGGUCAGCUCAUACAGGAGCUACGGCGAGGCUCUCAGGCAGCUAACAUUUAUUGCAUUAAUUUCAACCAGGAUGCUUCCCUCAUCUGCGUGUCCAGUGACCACGGCACAGUGCACAUCUUUGCUGCAGAGGAUCCCAAAAGGAACAAACAGUCAAGUUUGGCAUCAGCCAGCUUUCUUCCCAAAUACUUCAGCUCCAAGUGGAGCUUCUCCAAGUUCCAGGUCCCCUCAGGCUCUCCCUGUGUGUGUGCCUUUGGAACAGAGCCCAACGCUGUCAUAGCUAUUUGUGCUGACGGCAGCUACUACAAGUUCCUGUUCAACCAGAAAGGGGAGUGUUCCAGAGACGUGUACGCCCAGUUCCUGGAGAUGACUGAUGAGAAGAUAUGACCUUUGACCGAUCUUAAAGACUUGCUAUGACACAGUCUGUUUUUUUUCCUCUCUUUACUUCUUUUUUUAUUUUGGAGGGGCGGUCCCACGCUGCACUUCUCCUUCUCUUGACGGACUCUGUAAAAGAGCAUCAGAUAAAGGGAGGACAAAGUAAGAUAAGCACAGACUUUGGGGGAAACCCUCACAGCAAGGACGGACGCACCAACAGGGAUACAGACUUUUGUCUCUCAGACUCCUGAUGUCUCCAGACAGAGGGACACGGAUGUCGACUUGACUCCCGAAACCAAACACUAGAAAAAAAGAGGGAAAGAUAUUUUUCUGAAAGGACAACAUGCCGCUUUUUAAGACGUCUUCCGGGGAAUUUACAAAGGAUGGCUAUUUUUAAUCACAUAGAUGAUUCUAAUAGUUAGACAGAUUGAAAAUAUUGAGAUUCUUGUCAACUAACACCACCUAACCUAACCAUAGGGAGUGCCUCGAGAGACUGGAGAGAAUCUGUAUGUGUGCACAUACUAUUGUUGUCAUAUAUACAUACGUGUUUGUGUAUAUACCAAUGUACCAUAUUAGGUGUUUACAAAGCAGAAUCAGAACGUGGUAACUGAUCCUGCAUUGUGAAGCAUCAUCUUAGUAUUACUAGAUUUUCUUAUACUCACUGUAUAAACACAAUGCGCCAGACUGAACUUCUAACUACAUAAGGUCUGUACAGAAAAAUAGUAGCAGGAAAAAUGAUUAACAUGUAUUUUUGUUUCCCUCAUCCCUCCUUUUUUUCAUACAUUGUGCAAUAUGUUUUCCCAAACAGCUUUUUGUUAAGAUCUUGUGAAAGUUAAGUGUUUUUUCUACCUGACCAGGAAAGCUUAAAGGAAUAGUUUGACAUCUAUCUGGAAGUACAGGUAUUUGUUUUCUUGAUUUCUUGAUUUUUAGAUGAGAAGUCGGCUUGGUCGAUAUGUAGUAUUUUAUAACUUCAUAACUUCCUAAAAUUACAUGGGGGUAUAUGGUAUAUGACGGUAUAAGUGUUAGGUGCAAACACCCCCUACCCGACUGCGAGUGCACUACUUACUUUCAGCUUUUCAGACAAAAAAAAUACACAAUAGAAACACACAAAAUGUGAAAAAAGUAAUAUUCUCACACCGAUUUUCCUUUUUAAACAGAGAAAUACACGUACACCUUUUGAAUUCAACUUUCUCUGGGUUUCAGAAGACUGACGAGGGUCUUGAGCCUCUUCAACUCAUCAUAAAACACUUCAUCACAACACUCAACAGCAACAAAAUAAACUCACCCAAAAGGUCUUGGUUAAUCUUGCUAGUAAUCUAGUUAGUAAAUCCACUGUUCCAACCAGCUCCAGAUUGGUCGAAAUAAAUCCUUUAUUCACCAAGUUAGAUGUAAAAAACAUGCUGUUAUUCCCCACGGUCUCUCUGCUGGCCAUCGGCUGUUUACAGUCCUGUAACUUCUCCCUCCACCACUAGGUGUUUUUGUGUCUUUGAGAUCAGCUGCCUGUUACACCAGUAGAGAUAGAAGACUCAACUCUGGUGGUGUGUGCUGUCCACUACAUACAAUGAGUUUAAUAGAAAGAGAAAUACUCAUAUUUAUGGUAACAUUGAAAAACAUACCUUAGGGAUUCCUAAAUACUGUGGUAUAUUGUAAUACUGUGAUACCGCCUAAGCCUAAUAAGAAGAUUAAUUGGUGUAGAUCUUCUCAUCUAACUUUCAGUGAAGUGAAUCAAAGUAUUUCCCGAUAAAUGCUGAACUGUUUCUUCAAGAGUUAGUAAAACUGUUUGUUCCUACAUGAACAAGAAUGCAUAAGAGCCAAAAACACACACGAUUUCCAUCUUCAAUAACAAAAAUCCAAUUAGAUCGAAUGAGAUUGAUUUUUCAAUACCACACCUUUGAUCAACUGUAAUAAUCUAAAUAUUUUAAACUUAAGACCACACUUCAUGUUUAAUGUUACAGCUCAUUCACAGCCACAGCUGUAUGGUACCUUUUUGUUUAAACCCAGACACGUUCAUCUUGUGUCAGUGUAUCUCCGUAAACUGCUUCACCACGGCCCUAACAGCAUAGAUAAAUACAGCUAAUGCUUAUCAGGGACUCUGAAGUGCUUUGUUGAAGCCUGUGGCCAUAAACAGGAAAUCAGUUCAGUGUGGAUCCACCACACCUGUGUUAAUGUAUAAUUAAUUAUUACUUUUUUUCAAGUCAUGUUGAUUGACAGCAUUUUUUUGUUGAUUCAGUGCAAAAAAACACAUUUCAUUUGUGUUGCUUUCUGCAUCAGAUUGUACAUUUGCAGGUGUCACUCUGUUAAACAUACACAGCGCUUGGCGGUCACUGACCCACAGGAGGGACGCCGCACAAACUGAAAAGCCAACUUGUGUCUGACACACUCAGAAUGAUUGUAAAAACCUGCAUAUGAAUUUGUGAAUAAAAUUUAACAUCUGCUUUUACAGUUAAACUUUAUGGGCUGUUUCAUGGCAGUUGUACUGUGGAAAGCAAGUGGAGCCCUCUGCUGUAUUGAAGAACAGUUGGAUUCAUCAUACAGUGUUGGACUUUUGGGCCCCAUAAACAUUUUAGAGGGUCUUAAAGUCUAGCUGAAAUUAUAUAUGUUUUCUUGUAGUCUGUGAUUUUAUUUUCAUCCUUCACUAUGACACCAUGUCAGACUACGAUUUAAAA